GGGUUUGUUCUGUUAGGUGGCGGAGCUUCGAUAUCAAAGGGGUAUCUUUUGAUAUGGCCCCCGCUUUGUGCUGGGAAGGAGCUCACAAAGGGGAAUCUGCCCAAAAAAGACCAAAAUGGAGAGAGAUGACAGAGGCAAUGCUGCCUGUUCUAAGCUAUGGGGAGAAGAUCGCACCAAAUGAGCGGGAGGGAGGAGGAGGAGGAGGACGACACCGGACCAGGGCUCCUCUUUCAAGGUGCUGUAUCAUGUCCAGAUAGGACACCGCCAGCGUGAGAAUCAUCCCCAGACAACCACUCCAAGGGGCUGAGCUCAGGUGGCUCCUCUGCUUCCUCCAGCAGCCGGGCGAAGGAGAAGAGCUGGGAUUGCCCCGCGCGUGGCAUCCAGUCGCUACCCGCAGCACUCAUAGGGAUGGAUUCCAAAGGCAAUGUCCGAAGCGGAAACAAACCCGACGUCAAGGCUCCUAGCUCCGGAAAGCCAGAAAAGCCCAACCCUGGUCCUGCCACAAAUGCAGACAAGAAGGAGAUCCCCAAAGAGCAGCCUGCUCCUGCCUCUGCCACCAAGAAGGCAGGCGGCGAUGCUGCCGUCGUGAACAACCACAGCAACCUGAAACCCAGCCCCGCUGCAACGGAGACACAAGAGGCCACCGGCCAGUCCCCUGACUCUGACCACAAGGGAAACAGCUCCGAGGAGUCGCCAGGCAGCAUCUUCGACAACAUGAAGCCCUUGAUCAUCAUCGGAGGAGUGGCGGUGGCUGCGCUCGCUGUGAUUGUGGGAGUGGCGUUCCUAGCCCGGAAAAAAUGAAGACCGAGACGGGGUGGGGAUGAGAAACCGAACCCAGCUGUACAGCUCCUUUUGAGACAAAUGCAUGCAGAAAAAUUCUAUACAUAUCUAUAUAUAUAUAGAGCGAGCUAGAUAGGUCAACAACAAACACCAACUGCAACUCCAAGAGUCUUGUUCAAGACAACUGUGCCAGUUUGACCCAGUGUGGGUAACUCCAUGCACUCAGUGUGUUCUUUCAUGUAAUAUAUCUUGGCUUAUACCACUGUGUAUAGAUUACAGCUUCUCCUGAUCGGUGUAAAUGACGGUGUCCCCUCCCCUCCUGUCCUCCCUGGGAGACACCCCCACCUCUCUUGCAGUCCCCUGUUUUCAAGUCCAAAGCGUUCUACGUCCCAUCCAGAGUCCCCGCUUUGUGUUUUGGUUUCUGUUUGGUUUGUUUUUAAGUUGGGUUGUGGUAAAGAAGAUGUAAAGGGAGACGGAGCCUAGUGCUAAGACCCAGUUUGCCCGUCACUGUGGUGUUGGGCUGGUGUUUAUCCAGCACCCCCGGGGAAGCGCUGGGCAAAUGCAGGCAAAAGCUGCUCCUUGACCCAAAGAGCAAAGUGUGAUCUCUAGUAGGUGUCUUGUGUACCUGCUGCUCGUCAACCUACUUUUUAAAAACCCACCUCAAAAGAGAAAACAGGCUGGCUGUAGCUGGAGGCAGAGACUGCAGCGUGAUAGAGCUGAGUGUGCAACUUGGGACAUCACACCAAGGGGUUUUUUUGUCUUGAGCAGAGCGGCCGUACCGUGACCAACAGCGCAGCUACCAGCGCGUGGAGAUUCCUGGCCGACUUCAGGCAGACAGCAACUGCCAUCUGCUUGGUUUCGUGCACGUUGGCAGGCAGCCUUCAGGAUCCCAUGGCUCGCCAAGGUCGUAUGGGCAGCAUUUCGGGAUAGAGAGACUUUGUUUUGGAUCUAGUAUUUCCUAAAGUUAGGCUGGGCUUUGCAGGAUGCUGUGGCCUCAGCCCAAACUCCCUGGAGGUCAGUUGGACUCUUUCUCUUCAUUUAUUUGGGAUUCGGAUCAGGCCUUUCACCUGCUUUUUCUCCCCACUGAAGGCUAUGGUGUCUCAGUAUGUGAGAAGGUAGAAGCGGAGACAUGAUCUGGUUUUAGGGGCAGAGAAGACCUGGGAUCCCAUGAGAAUAAGACUGAUCUGCUUUAUACCAGGGAAACCCUGUUCAAGGGCCCUGGAAGUCUGUCCGGGGGAGGGAGUAGCGGGGAUUUGUGACUCCUCCAAGCUUUGGAAAGGGAAGCAAAUUCCCAGUCCUGGGGAACAGCCUGGUUUCAUCGGUGAGAACCUCGGCGCUGAAGCCAGACUUUGUGAAGGGGAGAAGGAAGGCAGGUGAUGAGAGAGGGUGUUCAGCGCGUUGGCCGAUGCCUUUCCCCUAACACCAAGAGGUGGCCAGAUCUCCUUUUUCUGAAAGUUUCCGUUAGACUACUCUGGGCUGCUGCACUACUGCAAAAAAAAGUGUCUUACAAAAAAGACCUUAUAAUUUUGUUUUUAAAUUAGGUCAGAGAUUAGGUGGGGUAAGAACCACAGAGUGUCUGGAGCUCAGCAGCAGUUGCAGUCAAUGGGCAGGGUUUUGGAGUGAUGAUUAGCAAGAGGCUGGGACAAAGCAGGGCGAGCUCAGUUAAAGAGCCGAAGUUGUACAUCUUUAACUGAGCCUGGAUGUCUAAAUUCAGUGGGUACAGGGCCGGAGAAAGGUGUACUGCCUUUGCACUCUGCUUCAGGCACGAUUACUGGGUAGGAUGGUGGGUGUGUAUAACCUGAUCUGGCAAUUCUUCUCUCGGCUCAUGUCUGUCUUAUUGACCUCCAAAUUGGGUCUGCUGAAUGCGUACGGCUUCCCUAAACAAAAGGUCUUUUGCUGCAGCCCGGCCGUUCCUAUGGUGAGAUUUGCCAUCCUCUUUUCCCCAAGGCUCAUAAACUAUUCCAAAGGCGCACAGCCUCUGGGACAUUCAGACGCCGUCUUCUGAUGAACAACAGGCUCGUGCAGCUGAAGUUUAACGUCUACCUCUAGCUUGACCAGUGGAGACGGGGCGAGGAGGGGGGUGUUGGGUUCACAGUGGGUUUUGGAAUGAGUGCUACAGCCCUAGCAGCUUAAAGCACUCUCUGCCCGUAUUGCGCAUGUCUCGUAGUAGCAGUACGUCACUCGCAGCCUGGAGAAUUUUGUCAGGUUGAAGCAGAAGAGCCCGUGGCGGGGUGGUUCUGUGACGCCACCUUUGUCUAGAGAAGUGAUUUCCCCUCGUCCUGUUUUGCAGAUGUUCAGAGGUUAUUUUUUUGGGGGGGAAAGGGGAAGGCAAACAAUAGCAAAGGAAUAGUAAAGGUAUUUGGAAAGCAGAGUUGUGAGAGAAUAUAGCUCAGACACGGUUCCAGCACGGCUCCCCUGCAGUGACUGCAGCUGAGCUUUGCAAGGGGCUGCCGCAUCUACACGAAGAGCCUGGGAGUGCUGCAGAGCCCCAGACCCUGACCGUGCCCUGGGCACAGCCUCUUGCAACCCUGGGGAGAGACCCCAUUCCAUGCCAGCUCCCCUGCUCCUGCUCGCACCCCAAACAGUGCAUUCUAGUUCCCACGAGGGAAAUUUGGAUGCACAAGCCAGGAGCAAGCUGCGGUGCAGUCCUGCCAGGAGCCUGAUCUCCGUGGCUGGGAUGCCCGUGCCUGCUGGGUUCGGAGUAACGUAUCCACGCCACCGGGCUCUGGAUGCGGGGAUGGCUGUUACUGGGCUCCCCUUCCCUCACAUCUCUGAAGUGCAAAGCUCUUGGCUUGGGGGAAUUUUGCUUACGUUGCUCAUGAGGAAGGGAAAUCGGCCACCCCUGCUCUGAUUCGUGUUUUGCCAAAGUAGGGUGGUGAUUUUUCAGACAGUCACUUCUGUUUGCAGGUGGGAGGCCUGUCUUCGAGAGAUGCUUGUCCCUGUCCUGUCUGUUCCCUCUCUGUCCUGGCAUAUGAUUAUUUUUUUUUAGCAGUGUGUGGCACCAUUACAGAUAUAGCAUCUAUCUAUUCUGUCCUGCCCAGCAUAGAUAGGUACAGGGGGAGGAAAAGGAAACACCUGCUUCAUUUGAGUCUUCUAUUUUACUUUCAAAAGUGGGUUUUUUUUUUUUCCUUAACCUUUGGCAACAGAAGAGGGGGGGAAAACAGUUCUCAGCCAACAUGGGCCUUAACCAUUUCUGUCCCCCUCCCUGCCCUUAGAGCACUCAGGUGCAAGGUCAGUGAUUUCAUCCAGAAACGCCGCAGGGAUGGUGAUGGGACCGCAGCACAUCGUCUGGGUACGGACCCACGUGCGGUGGACGUGGUACGUCCUGUGCUAGAAGGGAUUUUCCCCUUCCUGUGAUCGCUUCCCAUUGCUGUCUGGUCUCCAGAUUUACUACCUGGAACCCACCUCUUUGGCGGUCUGGUUUGGGAAACACCCGUGUUUGUGUGUGUAUGUGUAGAGACACCACCCUGCCUUGAAGAAUAUUCUGUGUAUGUAUGUAUACGUACAUAUAUGUUUAUAUUACUGCAGUCUGGGGGCGGGGGCAGAACCAAAUCAACCUGGAGGUGACCCUUCGUUUGUUCCCCUGCAUUCACACAAAGUGUCCGUGAUGUCUUUUUUGUGCCGUUCGCAUCAUGCCAUGCAGCACCUGAAUUCCUUUUCGGUCCUGGUUUCUUCUCAGCGCAAAGAAUGUAUGGCUAGUGAACUGCUGAAUGUACGGUGUGCCCGUUGUGCUAGAAGCUCAGACUUACUGUUCCCCUCCCUGGAUAGUCGUGUGGGCUACUCGCUUUAAAAUAAGGCACUUUUAGAUUAUACUGAACUCUACAAGUCUGUGUUGUAGCGCUUUUUGAAGUGUGGGUCUAGUGUUGAUUUGAGUCGGGUAGAUCAAGCGUAGAUGCCACACAAGCUCCUAAGCACGCAGCUGGGGCAAUGCACUUCAUGCAGAUAACAUCCUUUUAGCAAACACCUCCUGAUCUGCCUUAAUGUGCCAGGCUGUGCAGUGGUUUCAUUUUGAGGAAAAAAAAAAAAAAAAAACAGACAAAAAAACACAAACAAAAUUGUCCAGCGAGAACUAGGCUGACAAGAGCAAAUUCAUCUCUCUCAGAAUCGAAGCAAGAUUGGAACCAAAUUUGUCGAAGCAGAAGGCUUAAAUGACUGAACUCGCUGUGCUAAAUAAAUAGCUGUCUUUUCUCGUACUGAGCACAUGCCGUUAUUUGCUUGAUGUUAUUCUUUGUGUGGUGUUUGUGAUAUGAAGUCCUUUAGUGAUAUCUCCGUGGGGAGAAUGAAUUAAUGCUUAAAACUGAUCAGAUUCUGUGCUUGGGAUUUGAAGAGAUCUAGAUUGCUAGUUUACUCUUGUGAUAAAGUCUAUAAAUUAUAAAUUUGCAAACCUGACUUCAGACAUUGUAGCUUAUCGCUAAAACUAUAGAUUCAGUUACUAUACCUGAUCUCAAUCUAUUUUUAAGGAGCCGUAAGUUUUAGUUGAAUAUAAAGAUGUCAUUACGCUGUCUUGGACAGCUUGGUAGAAGGUUUUUGAUGCUUCUAGCUUUAAGAAAAGUGAAAUGGAUUACACUUCUGCUGCUUUUUCUACCAAUUUAACAGGCUACGGAUAAGUCCCAUUAUUCCUAGCAGUUCUGCAGUAGGAAGCAAAUAAAUCUGGAAGCCAAAGGAUAACGUAGCAGCGUUUUCAGGAGGGUAAGGAUGCAUUCUUGCAGGUGCUGUUCACCUCUCGGGCUCACGCUUAAAGCACUGAACAGUCGCUUGCCCUGAAGCACUUCUUACCUCCGUUAGGUUGUGUGAUAAAUUAAAAAUGGCUUUGUCUCUGCUGACUCAAAGUUUAGGGGUUGAUCCAUAGGCUGCUGAAAACAAGGGGAAUUUUUCCAUUGGCUUCACUAUGCUCUGAUCAGGCUUUUGAGAUCUUACUGGCACCAGGGAUAUGAUUGCAGGUCGCUGUAAAAUCAUCUCAAUGGCAUGUUGGUUUUGGUUUUUAUUUUUUGUGGUUUUUUUUUUUUUUUUAAACUGACAAAAAUAUUCCUUAGUCUUUCUGCUGAGUGUAAGGAAAGUCUUCUCUGGUAUUAACUGAGGCAGCCAUGCUUAUACCUACAUUAAUAUUUGUGUAUAAACAACAAUGGAGCAAAAAAACCCAAACCCAAACCCAGUUAGUGAGAGGAAAGGAUUUCUGCCUUAAAAAUUUUCCUUCCUUUCCUGGAAAUGCCACUGGGGUUUAGAAAUCAGCAUCCUUCUAACCGUUCUUAGAAUGGGUUGAAAAUAACAGCCCUGAAGAUUUGAGAGAAAAAACAUUCUUCAAGAAACAAAGCAAAAAAAGGAAGGCAAUGGAAAAAAUGUAAUUGAAAGGUGAAAUUCCUGGAAUUUCAAUCAGCUCUACAGAAAGCUUCAAGUCAGAGCUUCUGCGAGGGUACAAGAAACAGUACAGAGAAAAAAGCACAUGACAUCGUUAUCUCCACGGUUUUGGUAAGGACACAUUAACUUUUAUACCCUAUCCACAUAUAUUUUUUUUUUUCUUGAACAAAAGCAAACCCGACCAACUCUGCCAUGCGAAUUAACCUUUGCUAACUGACUUUUCCAAAUUAUUUUUUGCUGGCUCUGUUCAAUGUUAAAGGGUUACUGAAGCAAGAAAAAAGACCUGAAGUUUUCUACAACCAACUUUGUACGAUUAAGGGGAGCUACAAGUUUACGAUUUGGGCAUUUUGAAGAGCCGCGCUCUCUUUUCACAUGCCAUGAAAAGGACUGAAAAUCCAACGUACUCGCGCUUUGAUCCUCUUAGGAUGUGAUUUCAUGCUAGAGCAGGGAUGCUGGUUCCCUUCCCAAGCCGUGUAGCAGCUUACUGCAGUCUCAUUCCCUACACCGCAGAGCCGGGAGCCAUCUCCUAAGCUAGGAAAAGCCACAUCACAUCUUUUGUCAUAAACUGCCUGCGGUUCGGCUUUACAGGUUGGGCGCCUCCCUUCAUGAAGGGAAUCGGCUCUGACCUGGAUAAUAUAAAUUCAGUCUAUAAGUUAGUUAAAUUCUCAGCGCAGGAGGCUGGAAUUGGGAUAUUUCCUGAUACUUACAGCAGAGGUAUUUGGUCCUUUGCUGUUUCAGAGAGAAAUCCUCUGAUGCUGAAGAUCUGACCUGGGCUGCCGGCACAUUUUAGGUCUUAUGAGCGGCACUUGACUGAGAGCUCCACCGCAGAAAGCGAUGAAGCCUGUGCAGCAAUCUCCUGGGCCAGGGGCUGCGGGGCCACCCACGUACUUCAGGAUUUGUGCUCUGUGGGUUACGAAGAAGCCAGGGGAGGGUGAUGUGGUCUAUCAUUCUUUUUAAAACCUCUGCUGUCCUCAUUCAGUUGGAGAUUAGUUCUCUCCUGAAGUUUAUCUACUCGAAGUAUUACUUAAUCAUUAAUGGGAAGUUAUUCUUUGCUCUUUGCCCUUAAUGCUACUUAAAAAAUAAGGUGUCUUAGCUGUCAGGGUGAAUAGGUGGCAAAAAAAAAAGAGGGUACUUAAUCUAGGUUCAUCAAACUGAAGAUAGCUAUACAGAAAGUUGAUGUCCUUGAGCUAGAUUAUCUCAAAUUCAGCAGCCCAGAUGAUGAGCCAAGGUGCUAUUGAGGGUGCUGGAAGGUAACUGAGACAUGGGCUGGGAACGUGCCCACGUGCCAUUCGGCUGGGCUGGCUGGGUCUGUUCAAUGCCACUUUUCUUAGGCUUUUUAUUGCAUCUUGCUGUGCUUCGCUCAGAUCAUGUUCCCUUGAUUGACUGGCCCUGGGGAGUUAAAUCUGUUGAGCAAACGGGUUUCAGGAUGACUUUUUUCCUCUUCCUUUUUAGAGCAUCAGUCCAGCCCUGUGCCCUGCUUUCCUUUUUAAUGCCCAAAUUCCUAGGCUGUCUGCUCAUGCCAGAUCUUCAACUGCUACACGCUAUGGGGCUCCAUUGGUUAGUUAAUUGUUUGUACUUUACUGCUUCUUUGGCUACUGUGAUGUAUUCCCUUUCCUUUCCCUGCUUUCUUCCCAGGCAGCUCUGCAGGUGUAGCCUCUCCACAGCUAGGCAGAAACCCUGCCUGAAGGCAGGGGCAGGUUUUUGGGUAGCCCCCCUCAGAAGAUAGAGGCAAAUGUUCAGCCACUGAGCACCUAAGGGGAAUGCAGAGACUGCGUGGCACGGCAGGGAAUGUGUGAAGUUUUCAUCUGCUGGGUCUGAGAUUGCAAGAUGCUGAGGGCUCUUGUCCGCCACUGGAGCCCAGCAGAUGAGACCGCAGCUGGAAGGUCCCUUCCUUGUCCUUGCUCCUCCAUGUCAGUAAGUCACUCUGUGGCCACAAGCUCUGCUCAGGAUUGAAGCCUGCCUGCCAGUCAGGUGUGAGGUGUUCCGGCUGCUCUAGAGAUGCUGACACAGCACGAGCAUGCACUGCACUUGGCUGAAGCUGGUGCUUCUGCGCUCCUCCAGUUGUUGGAGCGCCAAAAAUGCAGGUGGAGAAGAGAGGUUCUCAAGCUGAAGUCAAUGACCUGCAUUUCUGCUGGCCUCGAAGAAUCGGCUCACGUGCCGGGGCAUGCUGCAGGACUGAGGGCACAGAACACUGCAAGGAUUUUUCCAUUUGCACGAGCUGCUCAGGCGUUACCAUGUGAUAAAUAACACAAGGCUGCUGGGCGUCGAAAAUGCACAUCCCGUUGCACUAACCGUGAUAAUAAGCUGAUACCCGCGACCUGCAAGUGCUGUGACAGAUCACAGGCGCUGGCUUUCCGAAUGCACGGGUUCAGCUCUACCCUGUGCUCGCUGCUUUGUGAAGCGUGUGCUCUGUUCGGGUCCUCUGACAUGCAGUACCUGGGGACUCUUGCUCUCUGCUCUUUGAUACUACGCUCUUCAAAUUAAAUAGUUUUUUUUUUUUGUUUUCCUGAAAAAUAUAACUUGGGGUAAAUGGGAUUUGGACCCACAUGUCACUCUUGCUCUUUCCUCUUUCGGUUGCUCCCAGCUUGAAAUUCACAGACCAUUCCAUUCUUUUUUCAUUUCUCACAAUGCCAAGCCCCAGGGCAGCACACCAAGAAUAGUUACAGGCUCGUUCUGUCUGUGCGUGACGGUACCAACGCUCCCAGCAGGAAGAGAGGACUCUUUUUAAUCAUCUUUGCAACAGUGAGGACCUGCAUUGUAUCCCUGGUUUUGCCACAGCAGCUUCAAGCAGUCAAGUUUCUGGGGCACUUUGCUAAGAACAAGGGUGCCAUACAAUUUUGUCAUGUUAAAACUAAACCAACAAGCAAAUAAUUUGGCUUUACUAAGUUUUGAGCAGCCCUUCUUAAACCUGGUGCCUUUUCCUGAGUCACUGGUUAGGACCCUUUCAAUCAAAAUCUUUAAAAGGUGCAAUCUCAACUCUCCAGUGAAAACCAACUCUCUUCUAGUGGUAGGUGCAGGUUGUUUACAAACUUGUGGAGAAACUAAAAUUGUAGAAAGGGAACUCGAAGGUCAGAUUACAGGGGAUUUUUUUUUUUUUCUGGUUUGCUUGGAUUCUGUUACUUUUCCAGGGACUGACCCAAAGCCCUCAGAAAUCAAAGGGAAAGCUCAAACACCAGUAGCGGGCAAAUGCCUGCUGCUACCUUGGAAACCACAGGCAUCUUUCCGAUGACAUCGGUGGGUUUUAGGUCAGCCCCUGAACGUGUUUUUCUGAAUGAUAGUAAUUUUCAGAGUGACACCUUGAUUUCUUCCCUGUACAAACAGACCUGCUUGUCACUUACACAUAUUUACCUGUGUUCAACAUACAGGUUUGGGGUUUUGUUUUUUUUUUUGGCUUUCAGAAACAAUAUGCUGCUAGACACAUUUCCUGGAGGGAAAUGGACACCUACCUACACACAAAGCUAUACAGCUAAUUUAUACCUUGUUGAAUUUAUAAUCUUGUCUAUGCUUCUAUGGACACUUUGUAUGGGCUGCAGCUCAAAUCCUAAAAUAGUCAAGAAUUUUUCCUUUCCCAUAUAGUAUUCUAUUUACUUUGACUUUAAAAAAAAAAGCGUAUAAAUGCAAUAAUGCAGGUAGACUAGAAAUACUAGAUUGAAAAUUAAAGUAGUUUAGCUUGUCCCAUUGUGACUGACAGUGUUGUACGACACCCAACGCUGUACCCUAACAUUUUUCAGGCUUUCUACGUAGCUGAAUCUAGUAUUAGCUUUGAAAACCCAUUGUAUGAGUGGUGGGUGGAUGGGUUGGAAACGUGUGCUCUCUACACGCUGUAUGUUACUCACAUCAGAAGCUGUAUGGCCACUCCAUAUGCUGUGAAACUGUAAAUGAUUCCCAAUACACCUGUAACUCUUACCCGGAUUGUGAGAAAUAAACUAUAUAUAGAGAUAUAUAUACACACACAGAUA